GGAUUUUUGUUGUAUCAUCUUCUCUCUUGUUUUUUGAAACUACAAAGUGUGCAAUCACACUUUCUCGGAUGUUUGCUUGAAGCGAACCGGCUGGAGCACUGAAGUCUUGUCUUAUUGGAACUGUUCAAACGUGGAGAAUAACUAACUACCCAGUGCGACUCAGUCAUGUUUGGUUUGGCUGCAGCAAAUCGCUGCUGCUCGUUGCCAGCAUAUGUUCCGAGAUUGUUGGCAAGGUCGACUUCUUCUCCGACUAGAUUGUGCAGUACUGCCUCGUCAACAAGCAGAGAUCAACCCUCUGCUCCGACGGAGCGUAUGAUGCCCUUUCCCGAUUACAUCAAGUACAAAAAGCGCUUGAGGAGCCGUCAGUUAAUGUGGGCCCUGCCGUGUGGCAUGUCUGGCAUGGUGUCGACUGCUAUGAUAGUUUCAUCCAGGGUACCUAGCCUGGCUGCUCCAGCAGAGGAAAUCGAGCCGAUUAUGGGAAUGGAUCCGCUGGUGUUCUAUGGAGGGCUUGGCACAGUGAAUGGCUUCAUUGUUGCAGUUAUCGGUCACUGGCUGUUUGGUCAACUCUGGCACCUCACCAACGCCGAGCUCUCCAGUAAGCUACUCGAGCGUGAUAAUGACUUCAAGCUUCGCAUCGCUAAGCACAGAUUUGAAGGCGACAGUCGGUUCGAGGACGACUAUUAUGGCGACAAAAUCAAGAACCUUUCCGACUACCGACAGUGGAUUCGGACUCAGAUGCAGAAAAAGGCAGACUUUGAAAGUCACCAGCGGCAAGUUGCCCAGGACAACGAGUGAAAUUGAUUAUGACAUCAUCACAUGCUGCGUGCGCCGAAAUGGUGCUGCACUGGCAGGUGGACUCCUCCAAGGAAUGGCCAUCAAGUCAAAUCUACUGUGCUUGUCUGUACUACUACUGUAGGCAUGUGACAGUCAUUGCCGUGCUGGCUGGUGAUCGAUAAGAGCCUGUUUUGGCCUUGCUACAUGCCGCGUUUGCAGGCCAGAGCCGGGCCGUGAACUGCUUGUGCUAGAACACCCGACCAGGGGCAUCAGGAGGAAAACUUGCACCAGCGUUCCUUGCUUCACCUGUAACUGGUGGUAGGGUUCGCCAUUGUUCUCUACACCCGUCAUCUUGUCACAGUUGACCUUGCUUAGGACUUAUACAGGCAACGCAAGUAUUUUCAGACCCGGUGCUGAUCAGCACAGCGGAAUUUGUCACCAGUGCUUGUCUCGAUCAAGUGUCCUGCAAGCUGAGCGACGUGCGGAGCAUUUUCUGCUGACGUUGCGCCUUUCGGUAGUUUGUUUUUAGGGUCUUUGUUCUUGUGUUCUGUCUAAGUGUCAUAGCUGUGCUACUUGUGGGAUUUCGCAAAUCAUUUUCUGAUGCUUCCGCAGAUCAUUUCACUUGUUACUGCUCAUGUUUCCAGGAUGCUAUCAUGCACAGCUGUCUGUUUGCCAUUUUUUGCUCGACAAAUUUUGCAGGAUUUCCUAAUUUUCCUUGUCUUGUAGCUUCUAAGUUUGUAGCUUCUGUGGAUAAAAACAUACCACGAUUUGAUGA